AUGGCUCCUCUCCUUCCGCUCCUGGAGACAGACCCUCUGCUCCGCCAGCCAGAUAACGCGGAAUCUGGGGGAACAGAAGCUUGCCACUGCAGAAUUCGGCGGGCUGACUCAAGGUCUGCAAAGAGCACCCUGAAACAGGGAGAUAGCCCCGAGGGUCCGCGGCGACAGUGGGCUGUGAGGUGGCCUGGCACCCCGCUCCCCCGCCCCGCGGAAAAGCGGGAGAAGAGCCUGUCGCCCUGCCAGGCGCAGGCCGGCGUGGACGCGGGCUGCAAGAGCGCGGAGCCCUGCGGGGCAGCGGUGGGGAACGCAGGUCUCCGGCCACCCUGCCUUCACCGGGAUGCACAACGCGUCGUGCUCGGAGUCCGGACCAGCCAACGCGCGGUGGCGGUGCCUGUCGUCUACGCGGUGAUCUGCGCCGUGGGGCUGGCGGGCAACUCGGCGGUGCUGUACGUGCUGCUGCGGGCGCCCCGCAUGAAGACCGUCACCAACCUGUUCAUCCUCAACCUGGCCAUCGCCGACGAGCUCUUCACGCUCGUGCUGCCCAUCAACAUCGCCGACUUCCUGCUGCGGCGGUGGCCCUUCGGGGAGCUCCUGUGCAAGCUGGUCGGGGCCAUCGACCAGUACAACACCUUCUCCAGCCUCUACUUCCUCGCCGUCAUGAGCGCCGACCGCUACCUGGUGGUGCUGGCCACCGCCGAGUCGCGCCCGGUGGCCGGUCGCACGUACGGCGCGGCGCGCGCGGUGAGCCUGGCGGUGUGGGCGCUCGUCACGGUCGUCGUGCUGCCCUUUGCCAUCUUCGGGCGCCUCGACGACGAGCAGGGCCGGCGCCAGUGCGUGCUGGUCUUCCCGCAGCCCGAGGCCUUCUGGUGGCGGGCGAGCCGCCUCUACACGCUCAUCCUGGGCUUCGCCAUCCCGGUGUCCACCAUCUGCGUCCUCUACACCACGCUGCUGUGCCGGCUGCGCGCCAUGCGGCUGGACAGUCACGCCAAGGCCCUGGACCGCGCCAAGAAGCGGGUGACUUUCCUGGUGGUGGCCAUCCUGGCCGUGUGCCUCCUCUGCUGGACGCCCUACCACCUGAGCACCGUGGUGGCGCUCACCACCGACCUGCCGCAGACGCCGCUGGUCAUCGCCCUGUCCUACUUCAUCACCAGCCUGAGCUACGCCAACAGCUGCCUCAACCCCUUCCUCUACGCCUUCCUGGACGACAGCUUCCGCAGGAACCUGCGCCAGCUGGUGGCCUGCCGCGCCGCCGCCUGA